CUUAUUUUUUUUUUUUGACCUCUUCUUUUUUUAUUUAUUUUCUUUUCUUCUUUCGUUGCUUUUUGUUUGUGAACUUGGACGUUACCUUUAUUUAUAUCAACAAUUUUUUUUUUGUGUUAUCAUCUUCUUUACAAGUUAUAUAUAUUAAACAAUGGCCGAACAACAAAAGGACACUCCUUCUGAUAAUAUUGAAAAGAAACCUACUGAUGACAAGACCAAAGACAAGAAGGACCAGGAAGAAGAAUUGUCUGAGGAAGAUCAACAAUUGAAAAGUGAAUUGGAAUUGCUUGUAGAUAGAAUAGAAGGGGAUCAAAUUGAUCUUCAUCGUCCUGCUUUGGAACAACUUCGUACUUUGAUUCGAACAUCUACUAGCUCGAUGACUUCGGUACCAAAACCACUCAAGUUCCUCAGUUCUCAUUAUGAAACUCUGAAAAAAGUUUUUGACUCUUGGCCUUCCUCUGACAGCAAGAAUCUCUUUUCCGAUAUCCUUUCAGUAUUAUCUAUGACUUAUGCCGAAGAAGGUGAAAGAGCUUGUUUACAAUAUCGUUUACAUGGAACAGCUGAAGAAGAUUUUGGAUCAUGGGGUCACGAAUAUGUCCGUCAUUUAGCUGGGGAAAUCAUGCAAGAAUAUGAAGCUCGUAAUACAGUAGAACAAUCUACAAACGAUCUUUUGGAAUUGGCCUUGAAACUUGUACCUUUCUUUUUGAAGCACAACGGUGAAGCAGACGCUGUAGAUUUACUUCUUGAACUCGAAGCCAUUGAUCAAUUACCUCGUUUUGUCGACAAGGAUACUUAUGAACGAGUUUGUUUAUACAUGGUUGGUUGUGUCAAUUUAUUAGCACCUCCUGAUGAUGUAUCCUUCAUUCGAACUGUUCGUACCAUUUAUCGUCAACAAGAAAAGUAUGCUCAAGCAUUGAAUUUGUCUAUUCGUAUGGGCGAUCAAGAUGCUAUUAAGGAAGAUUUUGAAUGUUGUCCUGAUCCUCUUCUCAAGAAACAAAUGGCUUUCCAAUUGGCACGUCAGCAGAUCCAAAUUGAAACUGAUGAUGUGGAAUUGAGCGAAUGUUUGAACAAUACUCAUCUAUCUCGAUACUUUAUAUCUCUUGCACGUGAAUUGGAUGUAUUGGAACCAAAAACACCAGAAGACAUUUACAAAAGUCAUCUCGAAAAUCAUCGCACAUCAUUUAGCACCAACGUCGAUUCGGCACGCAACAAUUUGGCUUCUACUUUUGUCAAUGCAUUUGUGAACGCGGCUUUCGGAAAGGACAAGUUAAUGAUUACCGAUGAAGAAAACUCAUCUUCAUGGAUUUACAAAACAAAGGAUCAUGGUAUGACUAGUGCUACUGCUUCUUUGGGUAUGAUUUCUCUUUGGGAUAUUGAAGUGGGUCUUACAUUGAUCGACAAGUAUAUGUAUUCAAAUGAUGACAAUAUCAAGGCUGGUGCUUUACUGGCAAUUGGUAUUUUAAAUACUGGUGUACGUGAAGAAUCCGAUCCUGCUUUGGCCUUAUUAUCUGAAUCUAUUGAAAGUGGAAAUGUUCAUGUUCGACAUGCUGCUAUCUUUGGUCUUGGACUUGCUUAUGCUGGAUCAGCUCGUGAAGAAGUAGCAGAAUUGUUAUUACCUAUUGUUAGUGAUACUGGAUUAUCUAUGGAAUUAUCAUCUGUAGCUGCUUUGGCCUUAGGUAUGGUAUUUGUUGGUACUUGUCAUGGUGAUAUUACUAGCACGAUUUUACAAACUAUGAUGGAACGUGAAGAUAAAUAUCUGAAAGAAACUUGGUCUCGUUUCAUGGCACUUGGUCUUGGUUUAUUAUUCCUUGGAAAGCAAGAUGCUUCUGAUGCUACUUUGGAAACUCUCAAAACGAUUGAACAUCCUCUUGGCAAGCAAGCUGAAGUAUUAGUAGAAGUUCUUUCAUAUGCUGGUACUGGCAAUGUACUCAAGGUACAAAAGAUGCUACAUAUCUGCAAUGAUCAUCUGGAUAAGGAAAAAGAAGAUGAUACUCAUCAAGCAUUUGCAACUAUUGGUGUGGCAUUGAUCGCUAUGGGUGAAGAUGUUGGUACUGAAAUGUCUUUGCGUACAUUCAAUCAUUUGAUGCAUUAUGGUGAACCUUCUAUUCGUAAGGCAGUUCCUUUGGCUCUUGGUUUAUUAUGUGCUUCAAAUCCUAUGGUGUCAGUAUUGGAUACACUCAGCAAAUAUUCUCAUGAUAAUGAUACAGAAGUAGCAAUCAGUGCCAUCUUUGCCAUGGGGUUAGUGGGUGCUGGUACUAACAAUGCUCGACUUGCUCAAAUGUUACGUCAAUUAGCCAGUUAUUAUCACAAGGAACCUUCUAGCCUUUUUAUGGUGCGUAUCGCUCAAGGUUUAUUACACAUGGCCAAGGGUACAAUGACAUUGAAUCCAUUCCAUUCUGAUCGACAAAUCAUGUCUCCUGUGGCUUUGGCAGGAUUAAUGACAAGUAUUAUCACAUUCACUGACCAUAAACCAUUUAUCUUUGGAAAAUGGCAUUAUCUUUUGUAUUCUUUGGUGACAGCGAUGUAUCCUCGAUUCUUAAUUACAUUUGAUGGUGAAUUGAAUAAUUUACCAGUGACCGUUCGUGUAGGUCAAGCAGUGGACGUGGUGGGACAAGCUGGUCGACCAAAGACAAUCACUGGUUUCCAAACUCAUUCUACACCUGUACUAUUGGCUCAUUCUGAGCGUGCCGAAUUGGCUACUGAAGAAUUCAUCUCAUUGGCACCUAUUUUGGAAGGCAUUGUACUUUUGAAAAAGAAUGCUGAUUAUAUGGAAGAAGACACGGAAUAGUAGAUUAUUUUGAUUAUUUGAAUAUUUCUCGACUUUUGAUUAUAUAAAAAUAAUAAAAAUAAAAAAAAAAGACUUUUAUAUGAACAUC